CCCUAUCUCUCUUCUCACUAAGAUCUCCUGGUUUACAGAAAUGCUGUUCGGGCGCUGAAGCUGAAAUUGAAAUGCCAACAGAAUCGCAGAAAUCAACCUCUGAGGUCCAUGAUGACGCAUAGCAGGAAGCUAGCUCCAGCUCUUAGAAGGGAGUAACUUAAAGAAGCUGAGAAGGUGGACCUGGCUAAGGAAGAGCAAUGGAUUUGAAGAAGCCAUGAUUAAAAGCUCGCCAAAAACAAGAGAAAUCAUAAGAAGGGUUUGGAGUUGGAAACGAUGCGAAUGGUCCUCCCACUGUCUCUACGCGAUUCUGUCAAUUCAGUGACUGAAGUGUGGUUCAAUGGCUCUCGAGGAAAAAAAACUUUACGGUUCAGCGAUUCUCCGCUUUGACAAGGAAGUCAGUAAGGGGAGAGAAAUUUUGGGUCAGCACGCUAUGAACUUGCAGUUGUUUAGUCUUUUCCGUAACAGUUGUGGUUUGGUGAACAUUGUCGGAGAACUGCUCGUAGUUGUAAGCAUCGAUCAACAGUGAUUGAUGGGUUCAUCGGCGCAACCAGCACCAUGUUGUUGAACAGCUUUUGGGCGUCAAAUCGGAUGCGUGCAUUAAUUGGCAACAUGGUCUCGUUUUGGCUAAGAAUCCUCUCCGAGUAAAGGCAUUCUUUAGCUCUGCUCAUCGUAUAAAGAUACGAUGACAUGUUUCUUUUACUGUCAAUGGGACUCGAAUAAUUCCCUCUGAUAACACGGUCCAAUCCUCCAUGACUUGUUCUUCUUGCCUUCCUUUGUACUUAUUCCUGACCUACAUCUUUUAUCUGUUCACAGUUUACUAUUGACGCUUUUAUGUUCAUUAGGAGCUCUAUACAAUAAUUGUUAGUAGAAAAUUCUGUACUGAAACUUUUAGUUAGAAUGCUUGUUCUUCUCUGUGCUGUGUUCUUGAGCUCCCUCUCUUCAUUUAAAGUUUUCCUGGUUAUCACCAAAAGCUCGUCUCCAGCUCGUGACAGCUUGAAUCACUAAGUUUUGAGUCUUCCGGUAGAUUAAGAUUGUUAACUCAUGGAGAGCCUAUUAGUUCUUACAUUGAUUAGUUCGAUAUGGGUAUUUCUUGCUGGUUCUGCAUGUUGCCAAAGGCCCGCGGUUGUGAAUAUUGGUGCAGUUUUCACUUUUGAUUCCAUUAUAGGAAGAGCGGCGAAGGUGGCAAUGGAAGCUGCAGUUUCGGAUGUGAAUGCAGAUCCUUCCAUUCUCAAUGGAACAAGGCUAAAUUUGAUCAUGGCAGAUACACAUUGCAAUGUUCUCUUGGGUUCAAUUCGAGCUUUCCAGGUUCUUGAGAAAGACGUAGUAGCCAUAGUUGGGCCUCAAUCUUCAGUUGUAGCUCAUAUGGUUCUACAGAUUGCUAAUCAUCUCCAAGUGCCACUUAUAUCAUACGCUGCCACUGAUCCAACUUUAUCUGCCCUCCAAUUCCCCUUUUUCCUACGGACUACUCAGAGUGAUGCCUAUCAAAUGACUGCUAUGGCAGAAUUAAUUGACUUUUAUGAGUGGAAGGAAGUGAUCAUUAUCUUUGUGGAUGAUGAUUAUGGUAGAAAUGGAAUGUCCACUUUAACUGAUGAACUUGACAAGAAGAUGUUUAAAGUUUCUUACAAACUACCCUUACCUUCUCAGUUGAAUCUCAGUGAAAUCACAGACAUUCUCAAUAAAUCCAAGUUGCUCGGUCCUCGAGUCUAUGUUGUUCAUGUUAAUCCUGAUCCUAGAUUAAGCAUCUUCAAAAUAGCCCAUCAACUUGAUAUGAUGACAAGUGAUUAUGUGUGGCUGGCAACAGAUUGGCUUUCUUCUACCUUAGAUUCUAUUCUGCCCGCACACCAAACCUCUCUAAACAUCCUUCAAGGAGUGGUUGUACUUCGUCAAUAUACGCCUGAAUCCAGCCAAAAAACAACAUUAUGGUCUCGUUUAAGGAAGAUGCUGCCAGAAGACUCGAGAAAUUCUUCGAUGAAUGUCCAUGCUCUUAGUGCCUACGAUACCAUUCAAGUAGUUGCACGUGCGAUUGGUAAGUUUCUAAAUGGAGGCAGGAGCCUUACCUUCUCAUUAAAGAACAAGUUUCAUGAUUUAAAUACAUCUAGAAUGCCGUGGGGGAAGCUCAAAAUAUUUGAUGAUGGUGCUCUUCUUUUGAGCACAUUGUUGCAGGCAAACUUUACUGGUUUAAGUGGUCGGAUUGAGUUUAAUUCAGAUCGAAACAUUGUCAGUAGAGGCUAUGAGGUGAUCAAUAUUGAUCGGACGGGAUUGCGUCGAGUUGGUUAUUGGUCCAAUGGCACAGGCUUUACUAUCCAAUCCCCAGAAGCGCUGAAACAGAAACGAAUUACUUAUACCCACCUGAACCAGACUCUUGGCAAUGUUACCUGGCCUGGUGGAAAGACAGAAAGACCGCGUGGAUGGGUGAUUGCAGACAAUGAAAGACCAUUAAUAAUUGGAGUGCCACGCAGAGUAAGUUUCAUUGAAUUUGUUUCAGCAGUCAAUGGAAGCCACAAAAACAUUCAAGGAUACUGUAUCGAUCUGUUCAAUGAAGCAAGAAAGCUGGUUCCCUACGAUGUUCCUUACAGAUUUAUACCUUUUGGAAAUGGCUACUCCAAUCCUAGCUAUGAUGAUCUUGUGAAGAACAUUGCAAAUGGUAUAUUUGAUGCAGCUGUUGGAGAUAUUGCAAUUGUAACCAAUCGCACAAAGGUCGUGGAUUUUUCUCAGCCUUUUGCUUCUACUGGUCUUGUUAUUGUGGCUCCAAUAACAAAUUCAAAGUCGAAUGCUUGGGUGUUCCUCAAACCAUUUACAGUCGAGAUGUGGUGUGUUACGUCGGCCUCCUUCUUCAUGAUUGGAGCAGUCAUAUGGCUUCUCGAGCACCGAGUAAAUGAUGAUUUCCGUGGUCCACCAAAGAGGCAGCUAGUGACAGUUAUUCUGUUCAGCUUCUCAACAUUGUUCAAAACAAAUCAGGAAGUUACAAUAAGUCCACUUGGACGUAUGGUAAUGGUGAUGUGGCUUUUCUUAUUGAUGGUUAUCACGUCAAGCUACACAGCCAGUCUCACUUCAAUCCUUACAGUACAGCAGCUUUCAUCUCCCAUUAAAGGACUUGAGGACUUGAUUACUAAGGAACAGCCAAUUGGGUACCAGGUAGGAUCGUUCGCGUUUAGCUAUCUAACCGAGAGUCUUUACCUUCCACAAUCAAGGCUCGUACCCCUAGGUUCUCCAGAAGAAUAUGAAUCAGCAUUGCUUAAGGGGCCAUUCAAGAAAGGAGGGGUGGCGGCCAUUGUCGAUGAACUUCCAUAUAUGGAACUAUUCUUAUCAGGGAGGAACGAUUUCGGAAUUAUCGGACAACCGUUCACCAAGAGUGGAUGGGGAUUUGCUUUUCAGAGAGGAUCUCCACUUGCGGUAGACAUUUCAACUGCAAUUCUAAAGCUUUCUGAGAAUGGAAAGCUUCAGAAGAUCCAUGAGAAGUGGUUCUGCAAGAUGGGUUGUCCUGGAGAGAGGAGAAGGAAAUCUGAGCCUAACCAACUUCACUUGGUUAGCUUCUGGGGUCUAUAUCUGCUGUGCGGUGCCUUCUCACUCGUGUGUCUUUUUAUAUUUUUGUUUCGCAUAGUUCGACAAUUCGCUCGCUACAUACGACAACAGAAGGAAUCGUCUCAUGCAGAAUUGGUGUCAUCAAAUUCAAACUCGAACUGGACUCAGGUUGUAUACAAGUUUAUCGACUUUGUUGAUGAGAAGGAAGAAGCCAUCAAGAGACUUUUUUCGAAAGCAUGAUACUCAGAAUCAGGCUAAAUGAUAGCUCGCUCUUUGAUGUGGUUUGAAAAUGCUUGAAGGUAAACCCCUGAUAGCUCUUUGUGGUGUUCCAUUGCUGCAAAGUGACCCAUAAUUUAGUGUUCAUGUUAAUAAGACUGCAACAUUAUGAUUCUAAUUACUCCCAUAUUUGGAUGGUCAAAUUAUGUAUGAUGAGACAAGUAUGAUAUUUAUUAUUGCUACAAGUGAUUCUGUAUGUAUUUUUUUUUUUUUUUUGAUAAAGUGGAGCUGGGGAUUUUCAUCGCU